UAGUGUGUUGUGUGUACAAUUACAACAAACACAUAUAUUAAUAUUUUACACAAACUCAAGCACACAAACGCUAACGAGAAAAGAAAGAAGAGAGAACAGAGAAGAAAAACAAAACCCAGAAUCUUCAAGAGUGAAACAACUCUACCAUAUCAGAGAAAGGUUUCGUUGGAUCGUAUCUGAGGGGCACUUACUGAAUUUGGAAAAUUUGGGAGUGAUUAGGGUUUGGAUUUGGAUGUGGAUUGGAUCAGAGAGUGUGAUUCAAUGGAAGACUGUGAUUGUUGAUUUUGCCUGAAAUGGGCAAAAGCUCUGAUUUUGUUGGAGUGAAAGAUUGUGGAUUUGGAACUAGGGGGUUUGAGUAUUUACAGUUGGAGAUUGCUUAAGAUGGUAUUUAACAUUGGUUCUGUGAGCAUGGAGCAAGAUUGUAUAUACUGUUAUCAGUGAUUGAGAUUUUGAUAACCGUUUUUGGACUCAGUGCAAAGGCUUUCUUAGUCACCAUUUUUGGUUUUUCUCUGUUUUUUUUCCCACUUAUUGACUUGGGGGUAUUUUUGGUUUUGGGCUUCUAAGAGGAAAAAGGAAGCUGAUAUUACAGUGUUUCAGUGGUCCGUUUAUAGUUUCUGAGGCAGGAGUUGGGAUAGUUUAUUUAAGCCUAACACGGUUACGCGGUACCAUAGUGCCUCUGAAACUACACUGAUUGGAGUUGUGUUGAACCAUUAACAUUCACACAGGGCUUUUAAGUAGUUAGACCGAGUGAUUGCUUUGUUGCUCAUUGGUUUUGAAUCAAUUUUCAGUAAUACAGUUAGAGCUGUUCGAUUAUUUUGGUGAAGGCAAGUAUACUGUAUACCUAGGCGGUUUGGAUAUUUUUGUGUAUGCAAGAGGCUUAAGGAGGAAUAUUAAAGCCGGAAAUGAAUGUAGUGACAUGACAUGGUGCAUGGACAGGAUUAUAGUUGCUGGUUCGGUCCGGUUCUGAAACAGUGCUGCUUGAAAUUGAUUGGAGCACUCUCAAUUUUGGAAGGAUCAUUUUACACUAGGCAUAUCUGGAUUUUGUGCAAUGUCGCGCUGCUUUCCAUUUCCACCACCAGGGUAUGAAAAGAAGACUAGAACGGAUGAUGUUGACUUACCAAAAAAGGAAAAACAUAAAGAAAAAAAGCACAAAAAAGAUAAGAAGGACAAAGAGAAGAAGGACAAAGAGAAGAAGGAAAAGAGGGAGAAAGAAGGACGGGAUAAAAAAUCUAAGGAUAAGGAUAAAAAGGAAAAAAAAAGGGAAAAAAAGAAAGAUAAGGACAAGGACAAGGACAAGGACAAAGGAAGAGAUAGAGAUACAAGUAAAACCAGUACUGCUGAUGGCACAGGUCUUCCGGGACAAGCUGAGGGUCUCAAUGCAGGCAAACUCCAAAAGGAAAUCAAGCCUGAUAAGAAGGAUGCCUUUGUCGAUAAUAAAAUUAUCAAACAGUAUACUGGUAAUAAUGGGGAGAUGGCUAGAGAGAUUAAUCAUCAGGCUAAGGAGAACAAGGAUUCUAAAUUCCUCCUGGAGUUUGAGAGGAGAAUUAAGGAUGAUAAUGGAGCGGCUAGUAAUCAAUUGGUUCAGAAGUUUACAAAUGCAGACCAUAGAAAAGAUGAGGGGACCAUUAGGUUGUUGGCUAGGAAUAGUGGCACCUUGCACGAUGACAGUGAAAAACUCAAGGAUAAGCGUUUUGAUGCUAAGAAGAUUGAGGGGAAAGGAAUUAAUGCCCAGGUACGGCCUUUUGAAAAUGCAACAGUUCAGAAUCACGCAGGCAAUUUUCAUCCUAACUCUGAUAGGGGUUUUAAUGCUAAGAAGAUUGAGGGGAAAGCAAUUAAUGCCGAGGUACGGCCUUUUGGAAAUGCAACAGUUCAGAAUCACGCAGGCAAUUUGCAUCCUAAUGCUGAUAGGGGUUUUGAUGCCAAGAAGAUUGAGGGGAAAGGAAUUAAUGCCGAGGUACGGCCUUUUAGAAAUGCAACAGUUCAGAAUCACGCAGGCAAUUUGCAUCCUAAUGCUGAUAGGGGUUUUGAUGCUAAGAAGAUUGAGGGGAAAGGAAUUAAUGCCGAGGUACGGCCUUUUGGAAAUGCAACAGUUCAGAAUCACGCAGGCAAUUUUCAUCCUAAAGCCGAUGGAAUGCCCAAAUUUUUGGGGAAGUAUAUUGACAGGAAUUCGGAAGCAACAGUUGGAGGAAAAGAAAAGAUUGAUGAAAAGAAAGACAAAACAGUUGGAGGAAAUGAAAAGAUUAAUGAAAAGAAAGAGGAAGGAAAAGAAAAGGUUAAGGAAAAGAAAGAGGAAGGAAAAGAAAAGGUUAAGGAAAAGAAAGAGGAAGGGAAGGAAAAGGACAAGAAAAAGAAAGAUGAUAAACGGGGAGAAAAAAGAAAAAAUAAAGAGGAGAAGAAAGGGCAUGGAAAGGACAAAGACCGGGAUAAAAAGAAAGAGAAAACGAAGGGGCAUACUGAAGUUAAAACCACAGAGCAGAAUAAAUUAAAAGAAAGCAACAAUGUUGGUCCUAUACAUUCAAAUUCCUUCACACGGAUUAGCAAGAACAGCCAUGAGAAUUCUGUUGGCAUUGAGAGCAACAAUGUUGGUCCUAUACAUUCAAAUUCCUUCACACAGAUUAGCAAGAACAGCCACGAGAAUUCUGUUGGUGUCGAAAAUAGCAAGAAGCGGAAGGAGAUCGAUUCAAAUGGAGUUCCACAUGCCAAUGAGAAUUGGCCGAGUAAGUUGCCAAGAUCAUCCUCUUCUCACCCAUUCACAGAAAAUGGAAGAAUAUUGGAACCUUGCAAAAUGUCCAUUCCAAAUGCUUCAGAUAGACCAGAAGUAGCCGUCAGCAGUGCUAAGAUAGAAAACACGGAAUGCAAAAUAAAUGGCUUCAUUGAAGCUCAACCACUUGCAGUACCCUCAAACAAGACUCACGCCACUACCAUGCCAGCUGUUCCGUUAAUUGAAGCAUCUUCAAAAUCACCCCAUCCAGACACCAAGUACCUAAACCACAUAUAUUCAGUACCUAAAGUGGAAUGGUCUGCUUUGGAUGAUCAAGAAUGGUUGUUUGACAACAGUAUUUCGCAAGAACGGAAACCCAUGGUAACUUCAGAGGCUGGGGAGACACCGCAAGUAUGGGCAGAAGUUGUGCACUUAGAGCCAGCAGAUGUUUUUGCUCUGCCAUAUGUCAUUCCAUACUGAUUGAUUAUUUGAUUGGCCCACAAUACUUCAAUUAUAUCUGCAGCGCACAAGGACCCACUCCCUUGGCAACAUGUAUGGGAGGAACUACAGCAUUUAGUGCUAGAAACCGAUUUCAAUCUUCUUGACGCGUUCCUCUGCACUUUGGCAAUUGACAACAAGUAAUGAGUAACUGGCUGUGCAUUGAUCUUAAACAGUUUGGAUGGUUACUCGCAUCGUACACAUUGCCUUGAUUUUGCACUGAUUGGACGUAAUCUUCUGUCAUGAAUUGAAAGUAAUCGAAUCAUCUGUCAUGAAUUGUUGCAUUGCUGCAGGUAAGGAUGAGGUUUUCUUAUCUUAGUAAAAUUCACUUAGACAGAUUUUAUAGAGGCAGCCGUACAGAUUGAGGAGAAAGGAAGGGAAGGGGUAUUGAUACAAGCUUGUGCUACUUGUUUAUUUUUACUGAGAGCUGAACUGGUCUUUCUAAUUGAGAAUGAAAAUGCAAGUGCAACCUGACGUGGUCUUAAUUUACAACUACACAAUUUUGAUUUGUAACAUAGAACUCCUAUUUACCAGAAUGUGUAUGAUAGAGAAGGGGAAAACAUAGUCGGAUUCAUUUAUUCAGUUUCUUGUAAAUUUUAUUGUUUAUCUGGUAGGAGUGUUAAUGAUCACGGUUAAAUUGAA